UAAACACAAUAUUACAUUUUACAGUGUAUGGUCCCAGAAGUCCAACUUUUUUUGUGGGAUGCUUAUCUUCCUCUGCCUUUUGGGGGCUACCGCAGCUGCCUAUGACGGUGCAAAACGUUUCGCCGACAUUGUUUUUUGUUGGGGAGAAAACUUACAAACAUACAGUACAGCACUUCAGAGUCACACUGCUAGCGAUUGAUGUAGCGAUUCUGUACUGUACAGGCGAGACGGCACGGAGGAGAUCGACAAUGCUCUACAGCUGACCAGGAGGCAGAACACACUGCGCUUAAAAAAAAAAAAAAAGCAUGCAAAAUUGCACUAAAAACAUGCGCGAAACAGCGAGGUUGCAAAAGGUGAACCGCGUUAUAGCGAGGGACCACUGUAAUUGUGAAGAUAAGUCGGUUAUCUUUCAAUAUUCUAUAGAAAAUGACUGUCCACGCUUUAUUUCGGCCUUGACCAGCUUAACAAAACACAAACAAAUGCUGAUUUAAAUCGGCUGCUACUAUAACUGCUUUUCACGGCGGUAACAUCAUUACGAGCUAUAUUUAAAUUAAAUAUGAAAGUGUUGAAUAGCCAUUUGAGGCCUGAGAAGAAAAAGUGCUAAACUGCAUCAAUAUCACAGCUCUACGUGUCCUGUUCAGCCAGCUGCCCACAGCGGUCCCAUAGCGACGAGAGAGCAUUAAGGGGCAGAGAGGAGGAUGUUACUCUCAAUGUUGUUGGCACAUUUCAGGAGGACGCUACUAAUAAGGAAUAUUUACACAGUGAAUUCACAUUUAUUAUUAUAUUUACAAAAGACCCGUUUUUGUCUUGUUCGUAUCAUUUUAUUUUGUUGUAAUUAUUUAUUUAUUUAUUUUCUGUUGUAUGUGAUUGAAACUUUACUGAUAAUUUGUCCAAGCAAAAAAAAUCCCCAUUCAAAAAUGUCAUGUGACAACAAUAUUGGCUUAUGGAAUGAUGAUGUCAUAUGGACCUUUGUGACAUCACCUUUGCUGCUUUGAUGUGCUGAAAUGUCCUUUGAAAAUUUUCCUUAAAUAGGGUAGAAAGGCAACAGCUUUUAGUCAGUAUUUUUGCAGCAACUGUAUUAGCAGAAGUUGUUUUCGCAGCUUUCAAAGGUUCACCAGAGAAAUAUUUUGAAACAUUUGGAUUGUUUUCAGAGUCACUGUUUACAGACCACGACAUGUCUCAGAGAAAACACCAGAAAAGACCAAAAGUUCACACUAACUCUCCUCUCUUGACACAAAUGGAAAAAAUUAUUCAGGAGUUCCAACUAAAGCGUAAUCAAGCGCUUGAAGAAAACAAAGGUUUGCCCAAGAAGUAUUUUGAAACAUCUGGAUUGUUUUCAGAGUCACUGUUUACAGACCACGACAUGUCUCAGAGAAAACACCAGAAAAGACCAAAAGUUCACACUAACUCUCCUCCCUGUAGACAAAUGGACAAAAAUAAUCAGGAGCUCCAACAAAGGCUUAAUCAAGCGCUGGAAGAAAAUGAAGAAAUUCUUUUUGAGAAGGAAGAAUUGAACAUAAAGCUAAGCGACGUGGAACACAAACUCAAAGGCAUGGUGGAAAAAUACAGAGUGCUCCAAAAAAGGCAUGAUGAAACACUGGUAAGAAAUGAACAGUUACUUCACGAGAAUGAGCAACUACAAGAAAGACAGAAAGAAAUGGAUCGCAAGCUUCAGAACACAGAGGACCAACAAACUAACGAUAAGCGGCGCCAGCCUGACAUAAAGAUUAUUAAUGAGGGCUGGGGAAUUUUAUUUGGUCAAUCCCGGGAGAGGAUUAUGAACCUGAUGGACAAAAACAAGCAAAAGAAAGCUGAAUUAAAAGAAAUGGCCGAGCAGCUUCAAGACAGUGACGCUCUUAAUGAGGAGUUACAUUGUGAAAUCCAACAAAUGUUCACAGUGAAUCAGGAGCUCAAACAAAAACUUAAUGAAACACUGCAUAGAAAUGAACAGCUACUUCAUGAGAACGAGCAACGACAAGAAAGACAGAAAGAAAUGGAUCGCAAGCUUCAGAACAUCGAGGACCAACAAACUAACAACAGUACACAAGCCCAAGAGCAGAUUCUGUUCCUGAGGAACAAAAUCAAGCAAAAAAGAGCUGAACUGAAAGAAAUGUCCAAGCAGCUUCAAGACAGGGAAGCUAUUAAUAAGGAGUUACAGUGUGACCUCCAACAAAUGAAUAUAAAGAAUCAGAAGCUCCAAGGAAAUUUCGAUGAAGCGCUGGAAAGAAAUAAAGAAAUUCUUUAUGAGAAGGAAGAAUUGGACAUAAAGCACAGAGGCACGCAGGACAAACUCAAACACGUGGAGGGAAAAUACAAAGUGCUGGAAAAAAGGUUUGAUGACACAGUGCACAAAAUGAAAGGGUUACUUCAAGAGAAAGCGCAACAGGAAGAAAUACAGAAAGAAGAAAAAAUUAUUUCCCAGGACUUUAUGAGGAAACAUCUAAAACUGCAAGAAUUUUAUUUUGAAAUGAAGGACAAAACAACUGGACUGGAAGUAGCAAAGGAAAAACUGGAAAAACAAUGCUCAGAGAUGCAGAGUAGGAUCGAUGAAAUGCUAAGAAAAAACACAGAAGAGCUUGAAGAACUUUCUAACAACUUGAAGUGCAAAAACACUGAAAUGCAGGCCCAAAAGGCGGCAUCUAAAGAACUGAAAGAAAAGCUUGAAGAAAAACAAGCAAAAUUAGAAGAAGUGGAGCAAAGAUGCAAGAAACUUGAGAUGCAAAAUGCAGAAACAAUCAAUGAAUUGAGAACCCUCAUCCUAGAGAAAAAAGCACUCGUGGAACAGCAACUGAAAAAGAAGAAAAAACGCUUCUGCUUGUUCCGGAGGAGGGACACUGCUGCUUCUUCACCUGAUGUAGCCUCAUCUUUCUCAACCUCUGUUCCAUCUUAAUUUUACCUCUCCUCUCCCUUUCUCUCCUAACACCUCUCCUAUCUCCCUCCCCACUCUCUCUCUCUUUUCACCCUCACCCCCUAACCAGUCCCAGCAGUUGACUGCCCCUCCUGAGCCUGGUUCUGCUGGAGGUUUCUGCUUAAAGGCAGUUUUUCCUCCCCACUGUCGCCAAGUGCUUGCUCAGAGGGGAUUGUUGGGGGUUUCUCUCCUCUGUCUCUUUCCUUUUUUCUAUCCCUUCUUUUCACCUCUUUUUCUCCCUUCUACCUUUUCCUUACCCCCCUUUUUUCAUUUCCUCCAUCAUCUCUCUACCCUGUGUUAAAGUGAACACAAGGUAGAGAGAUGAUGGAGGAACAAUAAAGUUAAUUAGCCAAAUACUACAUGUGUCAGAUCAAUGUCUUCAUUCAAGAAUAAUCCAUCUUAAGUAUAAAAACAAGAAAUGGGUAGCCACAUGUGUGUUUGUGUGUGUGCAGAAUAUGCAUACAUUAAUCGUAUCCAAAUCACAGAAGGAAUGAAAUAAAACUAGAAGACAUAUAAAACAAGCAAAACAAAACGAAAAUAUAUUUUUCUCCGUUCCCAGGUCGGGUUUGGUUUUAAACCUGACCACUACCGGUACACUUUAGGCUGGAGAUUUUUGUAAAGCUUUUAUUUUGGCAUUUCCCUUGACCCUUUCAAUAAAUUUGCAUGUUAGCUAAAUAUUUAGUUUCCUGUAACAUAUAGAUUUAACAUUUAG